AUGGAGCUCCCAACACUGUCCAUCGAAGCCAAACGAUUGUUGGUGCUAAAAACGCUCUUACGCGACCCGGCUGCGGCAGAUUUGCGGCUGUCGCUGUUCGUUUCAGCUGCCAGGUCCUUCCGGUACGAUUCCUGCCUGCAACCAUUUCCGCCAGAUUUCAUCAUAAACAACGAGAAAAGCAUUGAGCUGUUGUGUCAAGUACUGGAUACUAUACCGCCAGUAGCGGAAAUUCCAGCCAAACUGAACGCUCUGGGCGAACAGACGGUUGGACUGUUGCACUGGAUCCUCUGUCGGCAAGCCCGUCCUGCGCUUCGAACCGUACCGAAACCCGAACACGAUGAAGUGCUCAGCAAAUGUCCCUGCUACGCCAAAUACGCUAUGCCCAGUCUCAUUUUUGAAGUCUCGUACCGGGACAAUCAUUCGAGCGAACGGGCAUUCCAGGAGCAUGCAACAGAGUUCAGAACGCGGCACGCAUUCCACGGCAGUAGACUCUUUAACUUCCACUCCAUACUGCAUUACGGUCUGCAGCAGCACCUCAACAAAGUGUCCCUGUUCGGCGAGGGUAUUUACCUGUCGGCGGAACUGCAAGUGAGCCAAAUGUUCUCCCCAAACGGGUCCGGCUGGAGCAAAUCCACUCUCGGUACACAUCUGGCCUGCAUUGCGCUCUGCGAAUACGUGGACAAUCCGAAUUAUGUUAAGAGUCAAGAAGAAGCACCACCGUCGACUGAAGACGGAAGGACACCAGCAGUGGCCACCUCAGACGGUCCUUCAAUCAUGACCGCUUCUCUGACCGGCAACGGUAGUAUCCCGGAGCGAUAUAUUCUAGUGAAAAACAACGAAAUGGUGCAGGUGCGCUACCUGCUGCUGUACGGAACCACCAAAGAUGUCAACACCACAGCCACACUGGGCGGAUCUCAGACGGCGGUCGAUGCGAUGUAUCCCCUGCCGGCCACGCAACCUUCGUACCAGAUGCGCCAUCCACCGAGUCGAUUCAUUCAGUGGAUCGCAAACAACAAAGGCUUCGUGCUGAUCGGUGGGUACGUCGGGCUGCUCUUGAUUGUCGGCUUUAUCAACAGUCGAAACGCGCACUUUGUAAAGGAAAUGUUUCUACAGAAGUUAAGCCAUGUUUAUAAUGCGGUGCUAGGCUACCGUGGUAAGGAGUAG